CUUUGCUACGCCCCAUCCAUUCACCUUCGUCUUUUGCCUUCCCACAUAACGCCGUAACACGAACGACCCACUAGCCAAUUCAGGCUUCCCCAAUUUCGACUCCUCUUUUCCCUAUCCUUCUCUUAUUCCUAACACCACAAACAAACGCCACCAUGUCCUCCCCUCGCGGCACCAAACGCCGCGCAGACGACCCCGAUCCUCAUACUCCAUACACCGGCUUCUCUUGCCCGCUCAGCGCUGAAAACACGGUAGCCGAGUUCGAAAAGCUCAGGGAAUCGAUACGACUGCGGAACCAGAACUGGAACAACAGCCGAUUAUUGAGUCCUCCCCCUCCCCCUCGUCACCCUCCUGGUAGUCGUACAGAGAGACCGAUGGCUUCGGGUUCGAAUGCAGCAGGAUCUGGGCUUCAAUAUGAAUCUCGCGAUGGAGCCUGUGGCAGCGCCAACGGCCCAGCACGCGAUGAUGCGGCGCAACGACGGGGCAGUUUAGAAGAAGGAGAGAUCGAGGGAGAUGAACAACCAAUGGGACCAACUCCUCCUUCUUGCUUUCUUCUCUCAGAUAGGCAUGCGAAUACGGCUACGAUAGGGUCAUCACCCCCUCUACGCAGCUCAGCGCAAGACGAAUUCGAGGAUCGAACGGGCCCUACCCGCUCGUUUCCCGCAGGAAGGCCUACUGUCACCACUACGGGGCCGCCACCCCCUCUACGCGGCUCAGCGUACGACGAAGACGAGGAUCGAAUGGGACCCCCAGUCCAACAAAUCCGACCCGCCCUCAAGACCGUGGUUGUAAACGGCGCAUCCAUCCCCAUAACCUGCCGCUGGUGGAAGUUCGGCGCCGGCCGCGGCGGCUGCCACAACACCGCCGAAACCUGCCAGUACGCGCACUUUGACACGGGACUGUACGCGGAGGACGGGCCGAGGAGCCAGGUGUCGGGCUCGCGGAAGAGAGCGAAGAAGAAGAGGGUGGCUGAUGCGGAUCCUGGUAAGCCAAGACGUAUGGAAGGGUUUGGGAGGACUGAGGUGUUAAUGUGAUUAUACAGAAGAGUCGAGGCGCCUCGAAGGUGCGGCGUUGGAGCCGGAUCCUAAUCAAGUGACUGCUCCGCCGAGGAGAACGUUCUCGGGGGCGCAGGAAGACCC